AUGGCAAACAAUCAGUCUUUGUUGGGUAAAGUCUGUCUUACCCAACAAAGACUUGCAGCUGCUGGCGAGGCGGCAAAACUCAAGGCUGGCACGCAUGUGUAUCCAUUUACAUGUCAGCUCCCACAGGGAGACUUCCCAUCCACCUUCCAUGGGGUUCAUGGAAAAAUAGUAUACAACAUGACAGUGGGCAUCUGCAGACCAUCGCAUAUGUCGAAAGACUUUGUGACAGAGUUCAAAUUUGUAAAGCACAUUGAUACCAACCAGCCAGAGCUGCGUGCUCCUCUCUCAGGAUCCAACCAAAUGACACUGUGCCGCGUGUGGUGUGCCUCGCGUCCUAUUACAAUGGCAGUCAGUGUGGAGAAGAAGGCCUUCAUUCCUGGCGAGAGUGUGAAAAUAAUUUGCAAGUUUAGUAAUGCUUCAUCUCGAACAGCUACUCCGGAGGUGAAGCUGCAGCAGAAGCAGAUAUUCUACACCAAGGACAAGGUCAACAAGCACAAAGUUAUCAAGUGCUUGGCAUUGGUGACUGGAGAGCCCAUCAGCGCUCACACCUCUGACGUUCACACUGAGAUCAUGCUCUCUAUUCGCGCGUCUGCAUCGCUCACCAUCUCUAACUGCAGCCUCCUGGUCGUGGAAUAUUUUAUUGAGGUGAGCCUCAGCUCAUGCGCUUUCCAUGACCUCACAGUUGUGUUUCCCAUCAUCCUGUGUGAUAGCCCUGUAUCCACUCAUCCCCGACUUGUGUUAAUAUCCUGAAUGGAUUCAAAGGUAUCUAAUGAAAUGACAACAUGCUGUAAUUUCUCACUCCGACGUGUUAUGAGGUAUUUCUCAGGGUUUUUGUAUCACGCUCAUCUGACCAGGGAUGACCUUUUCCACUAAGCAUUACAUGUUUACAGCUCAGCGUUUGUUUAAAAAAAUAACUUCUGUCUCUUUUGGGGUCUCUUUUGCUCAGCUUUUUAAUAUGUUGUCAGUGAAAAUUUUCCUUUUUCAAUAACAACUGUGUGUUCACAAGACCUAUUUGAAAUUGUUGUCAGUGUUGGUUAUCAGACUCUUGUUUUCAGGAUGGACUCAAACAAGGGAUUUCAUCUAUGGCAACAUAAAAAUGUAAUGGUAAAUAUUUAAAUUGUCAGUUUUGAAAUGAUAUACAUCGUCUUGCUUUGUUUAUACAGCAAGCCAUUCUUCAGUAUAUUAGAUAAAAGCCAAAUGUACAAAGCUUGCUUUGUGGAAACUGCGUUAUAGCUUCAUAC